AAGCAACUUGUGAAAGGAAAAGCCACUCUGUUUUGAAGAAACUUGGCCACGUCUUAUCCACACAGUUUUCUUCUUUUCUCUGUUCCUGAUAAAUACCCCAUAAUCCAAAACCAAAGAAUUUCAAUUUCCCAUAGACUCAGACAGAGAGGACACUGUGAGCAAAAAAAUGUCAGUGGCUUCACCAAUUCCCUGCAUUAAGACCCCCAAUCGGACAUCAUCGACACCAACCACCACCACCACCACCUCUUCAUCAUUCUCUUCUUCUUCUUUCAGAUUCUCUACAUCAAAGUCUUAUAUUCUCACAAUUAGGAGCUCUCAAACUGAGGGUCCUAUGAGGAGACCUGCACCUCCUUCUCUCAGAGAACCCUCUGCGCCCUCUCUUUUGAAGCCCACUCCCCCCUCUUCUCCGGUGGUGCCACCUCCUCGGCCUGCUCCAGUGGCGCUGGAGGAUGCGAGGGUGAUUACUAUGGAAUUUCAGAGGCAGAAGGCCAAGGAGCUACAAGAUUAUUUUAAGCAGAAGAAACUCGAGGAGGCAGAUCAGGGUCCGUUCUUCGGCUUCAUUGGCAAGAACGAGAUUGCCAAUGGAAGAUGGGCUAUGUUUGGUUUUGCUGUGGGAAUGCUAACAGAGUAUGCAACAGGCUCGGACUUUGUCGAUCAAGUAAAGAUCCUCCUUUCCAAUUUCGGCAUACUAGACCUCGAAUGAGCAUCUUGUAUGAUCCUCAAUUCAUGAGUACUUUCUGAAGAAAUUGUAAUACUUGUUCAUCUACAGCUUCUUUUGUAAUUUGUUUGAAUUUCACUCUGCUUGAGCAAUUGCUUGUCGCAUAUCAUAUUGUCUUGGCUCGUUUGAUUU